UAUUUUAAAAAACGCCAGGUGAGCGUUGCAUGCGGACGCCAUUUUAAUUUUACCUUUCAGAUAUCUCAUGCACUUAGCUUAUUUUUCGUUUAAAAUCAAUUAUUUUUAACCGAUUACGGUUUAAUGUACUAGGGUAUUAAUAUAUUUAUUAUUGUUAUGUGGUAUAUAGUAUAGUAGCAUUUUUGUCAAAAAUGAAAUAAAUUCAGUCGCGUUUUAGAUGUAUUUGAAAUGUUGUAAAUUUUAUUUAUAUGUUUGAGAAAAAAGAGUGUAAUUAAGAGAUGGAAUUCGUUUUAUUUUUGAACGCUUUCAUUAUUUUGCAGGCCCCGAAUUGCUUUACAAUUGCAAUAAAUCUUAUAAGAGAGAAAGAUUAAAUUAUUGUUGUAAAGUAGUCUGACUUCUGAACACAACCCAACAAACAUGAUGCAUCCAGGGUCUAAUUUCCGACCAGCUUUUCCGUUGGAAGGUCAAGGGCGAGUAAACCAACUCGGUGGCAUGUUCAUAAACGGUCGCCCUCUUCCCAGUCAUGUACGACAUAAGAUAGUGGAGAUGGCAGCUCAUGGUGUGCGACCGUGUGUCAUAAGUCGACAGCUAAGGGUCUCACAUGGAUGUGUCAGUAAAAUUUUAUGCAGAUACCAAGAAACAGGAUCAAUUAAACCGGGAGCAAUCGGUGGCAGUAAACCAAAAGUAGCCACCGCAGAUGUCGAUAAUAAAAUAGAAGAAUACAAAAAAGAAAAUCCGGGAAUCUUUAGCUGGGAAAUCAGAGAACGACUUAUCAAGGAAGGUAUAUGUGAUCGAAGUAACGUUCCUUCGGUCAGUUCUAUUAGUCGAACUCUGCGUGCAAAAGGUUGUGACGUCGAAAACGAAUCAGAAUCCAGCGCAAGACUCGAUCCAGGUAACCGCUCUUCUUCUUCCGGAGGAGAGCCGAACGAAGUCGGAGGAUCCGACAGUGAGUCAGAGCCAGAUCUUCCUCUUAAAAGGAAGCAAAGAAGAAGUAGGACGACUUUUAGCGCGGAGCAGCUGGACGAGCUAGAGAGAUGCUUUGAAAGAACUCAUUAUCCUGAUAUUUAUACAAGGGAAGAACUUGCUCAAAGAACAAGACUAACUGAGGCUCGAGUUCAGGUGUGGUUCAGCAACAGACGGGCAAGAUGGCGGAAGCAAAUGGCGGCUCAACAAUUCCAUGGCAUUCCAGCCCAUCACCCCCACCACCUAUCACCCCACCUCGGGUACCCACACACAAUGCCCGGGUCAGUGGGCCAAGCUGCACAUAACUAUAUGUUGCAGACAAGUGGGGCACAUCAUGUACAGAGCAUGCAUGAAAGCUUUGCACAUACGGCGUCUUCUCAUGAUCACGGUUCCUCUCUCCAUCGCCCCCAUGCGUCUGUACUUACGUCACCAGUUCACCACGCGUCACAAGCCAUUAGAUACGACACCACAGAUCCACUUAAUCAAAGUGCAGCCGCUGCUUAUGGUUUAAUGGGAGCAUCAGCUGCAGCAGCGGCCGCAGCAGCUCGCUAUAGUCAGUAUCCAUCGGCCGCUGCUUUCGGCGACGCUUACCCGAUACAUUAUCACCACCACUCAACGUCCCCACCUAGCGGUAGCUCGAUUUUCGGUUUUCCGUCACACACCCGACAAACUGCAACAAACCCAGUCGAGCUCACCACCGGGAACCCCCAUUCCGGCCCCAACUCUUCACCCAUCGAUGUGGGUUCACCCGGAGAAGCGGGGAAUCACCCCCUGCACCAGCAACACUUUGUUUUAGCACAGAGUGCACGAAGAGCCCACCAAGCAAGCAAUCAACGCAAUCACCACAACCAACACCACAGCGGGGAAACUACCACCGCACCUUCAACGUCACCAGCAUCAAAUGGAGAUGGACACCCAACAACUGGAAUUGAAUCGCAAUCGCGAGCAUAUUCAGCACUAGCAGGUCAACAACACCACAACACUGACUUGCAUAGCUCAACCUCCGUAGCGGGCCAGCAAUCGACAGCUAUGCUCUCUUCGAGCGUCGACCACUCAAGCAAUGUAUUCGCUGGACAGGAGAGGGGUGCGCCGUCAUCUCGAGCCGGAUACGGUGUUGGCCCAUCAGGAUUUGCAACUGGUGAAGUACUACCAACAUCAAGUGCUGCUUCACAUCAAUCUUACGCAUCAUGUCAAUACUCACCGUACGGACAAGCCAGUGGUGAUUAUGGAAGUGCCGGAAUAGCUGCUCUACGCAUGAAAUCCCGGGAACACAGCGCUUCAAUUGGACUUAUCCCUGUCGGCGGAGGACCGAGCGUUCAGCAUGCAUAUUGACCGUAUGCGAAACAACAGCAGCAUGAAGAAUAUUACAGACCACCAACUCACUUACGUUGGUGAGUGUGUCAAAGACUGUGUGGAGUGACACAAACAUGCUGCCACGUUCUCGCGUUUCGAUUUGUCGUAUUUGACGUAUAUUAGUUCUACCUUGGCCGUAGUAGGCUCUGAGUGUUGCGUACUGCCUUUUGUUUUUGUACCUUUUAUUUGAUUUGCCAAAUGUGUAUUUGCGGACCCGUUUAUGGAACACUAGCCGUAAAUUACGUUUCUGUAACUUUGUCAUUUCUGCAACAGCCUGACUGUUAGCAACAUUAUGAUAUUUGCUGUUAAACCUUUUGCCAAACGCCAUUAUCGUGGCGGGGUUGACUUUGCUUAUAUUUGUGUUUGCCACGCUAACAUUCAAAAGUUAUUCUCGUUUUAAUGACCGCCGUUGUCUUGUAGUGCAGCUUGUAUAAACAGUAGACAAUAAAUGGUUUAAUGAACCCACA